UUGUAUUGACUAUAUGAACAAUACGUCCAAGCGAGUACAGUAGUGGUUUGCCAAAAUUACACAAAUGAGUAAGUUUAUGGUAUGGCUAAUGAAAGCUUGCGGUUUUCGUUAUUGUCGGUCAGCUAUUGUCAUGCGCGCGUGCACCUGGAAAAAAGUGUCCCUCAUUUGGGGUUGAGGAAGUUGGCAACCCUACGGAUAGAUGAUUUGUAUAAUUUAAUAAGAGCAACUGAAAUGUUAAUUAUGCGGCGAUAUAGGACUACUGACUUUUGAGAUAUACUUUUUUUUAUGGGUUUUUCGUUUCCAGAUCAUGUGAUUGGGGUGAACUGCCAAUAUUUGAACAGAAACCAUUGUCUCCGCUGUUUCAAGACUGUAGGUAGCAAUGUAACAACAGGUGUCUCAAAAUGUGUAUUUCAUCGCUGCAAUUGGAGUAGGCCUACAUCGCAGUAAAAGGUUUUAAAAUAUAUUUGUGACUCCAUAACAUCGUGCUGUUUUGGAUCUUGAAGGCUACUUUUGGAAUCAUAUAGGCCUACAUACGCCCAACUUUCGAGACAGGUGCGCACCUUGCCACAAUGUUUCUGUAACCAAAAUGUUAUUAGGGGAAUUUACCUUUUCAAGCGCGCGGGACAGCUAACGUCAACGAUUUGUAACUUUUGUAAAGCCACCAUGUCACUUGGUGAGAUGGAUGGGCCUCUGGCAUUGGAGCUGAGCUGUCCUAUCUGCCUGCAGUUAUUUUUGGAACCAGUGUCUUUACCCUGUGGCCACAUCUACUGCAUGGCCUGCCUGCAGAAGGCAGUGGAUGCGGACCACCAUCACUGCCCUGAGUGCCAGACAGAAUAUCAAGGAACCAAGGACCUGAGGAAAAACUUCAAGAUGUGUAGCAUCAUUGAGAGAUACAAAGCCACAGCAGGAAGCCGUCCUACAAAUAUUGAACCCACGUCUGACACUGACUACACAGGUACACCUCAGGUGGUCCAGCAGGUGGCGGUAGCAACUAACCCGACCAAUUUUGAUAGCUCAGGGUGUCCUGAAAAAAGGCAACAGGAGUCAGACCUGGGGGGCAAACAGGCUUUUCAUAUUGCUGGUCCAUUAUCCAGCUCCUCAAAUAAUGAACUAGAUAAUCCCAAAGCCAAAACAGAAAUGGAUGAACUAAAAGACAAACUAGCAUCCCAAUUGGCAGAGCUGACACACAAAUUACAAAUGUCAGAGGAGCAUCUGAAGAAGGGAGAGGUUAGGGAGGUGGAGGUGAAGGCCUACAACAGCCAGUUGAGAGUUAGGACAGCCAGGCAGCUGGAGCAGAUAAUGGAGUUAAUGCUAAAUUACAGCGAGGGGGUGACAAAUUUAAUUGAGGUAGAACUUAAACCCAUUGAGGAGGGUAUGGAAAGUCGCAGGAAACAAGCAGUAGAGGUAACCAAGCAUCUGAGCGAAGCACACUUCCAGGCUGAAUCCUUAUUGACUGAGAAAGAUGAGACUGUGUUUAACACUGAACUCCGGAUGGUACUGCCACGCAUCGCAGAGCUGAUGGCCCAGCCAUUGAAAAACUGGGAUGGUAAUCUUGAAUCCCAAAUCAACCCAGACCGGGUUUGUUCUGAGCUGGAACGGAAAAAUGUUGAGUUGAGGAUCGGACUUGGGGCGGCUCAGCGCUCUAUACGAAACAUCCUCAACCCCUCAGAGUUGACCUUUGACCUUGAAACAGCUCAUCCCAACCUCGUCCUAUCAGAAGACCUAAAGACGGUGACCUAUAGUGCAGUGAAACAGGCCUACCCAAUCCUGCAACAAAGAUUCAGCAGUUUCCUCCAGGUGCUCAGCUCCCAGAGCUUCUAUGGAGGCGAGCAUUGUUGGGAGGUGGAACUAGACGGUGCCCCCUGGAUUGUAGGUGUAUGUUACAGCAGUAAGCUGGAACGUAGCGGGCUAGCUAGUGCCUUGGAGAGCAGCCGCAGUUCCUGGUGCCUGAUGUGGGUUGAUAACCUGCUCAGAGCCUUUGAGCAAGGCCAUGAUGUUCCACUGAAGAGGACCACAAUGCUGCGCAGGAUGGAGAUCAGGCUCAGCUUCAAGACCAAGAGACUGAGCUUCUACCAUGUGAGCCCUUGCAGUGGGAAGACUCACAUGUACACCUUUAAGGCCAACCUUACGGAGCCAGUCCACCUGGCCUACAGGAUGAUGGCAGGCCAACCUAAGGCAUACAUCACAGUGCGUUCGUGAGAGCCUAACUGUGAUGGCAGUGUAUACGUUUAAGUUGUUAGAGUAACAAACAAAAAAAAUAAUUACACAUUUUAUGUGAAUGCAGUACUCAGUGCUGCAAUAAUAUAAUCCAGAAUAGUUUUGCAAGAUUAAAAUAAAAUGUAUAACUAUUUAGGUUGGUUUAAGCGCAUUUUAGGCAUCUGUGAAGUCACAUUGCUUGCCAAAAAAGUUUUACGAAUAAAAUUUGAUUUGAAAGGGAUCAAGGUUGGUUUGUUGUUGUUGAUUUUAUGUGUCUAUCCAAUUCAUUUACAUGUUUUUGGGACAUUUUUUGGGACUGUAUGUUCUGGAUGUAAACAUUGAUGCUGGUUGCAAUGUAUUGUUCUAGAAACAUUUGUAUCUGUGGUGACAUGAAAACCAGAGGAAACAAUAAAGUAAUCAAGUUUAACACCUAUUCAUAUUAUUUGCAUGCAAUAAAGGUCAGAUGUCUCAGACCAAUUAACUUAACAUUUUCAAGUCACUGUCUUUCAGACGUUAACUGCACCACCUUUGGUUAUUGCCUGUUUUUGGGGCUUUGUAUAUUCAUUUGCAUUGAGUAAACAUGUUUUAACUGCCAAAUAGUAAGCUUAAGUAUUUGGCAGUGUAUUCACGUGUUGAAGGGAAAUUAGGAAAGCUACAGUUUUCAAUCUCAGUCCAGGUACAGCAAUACAUCAAACCAAUGAAUAUACUGAUAUAACUAGAGGGUACAAUUUCUGGGAAAAUUGUGAGGCGUGCUUCCAUCCGUUGCAGAUGAGUCAAUU